AUGGGUCUCGGCCACGAAUUCCGACACGGAGAUCUGGUCCGGCAUCGCCUCGGCGCGCGGACGGCCGGCCGCCUCAGCCGCCGCGCGGGCUCCGACCCGCCGCUCGGACGCCGCCGCCUGCGCCGCGUCCGCAGCGCACCAGGGCCGCGGACAAAGGGAAGCGCCGGGCGCGGGCCGCCCCGCAGGAGCCGCCGCAGGACGCGGUCUGCAGUCCGCGGGGCCCGGCGGCGGGAGCAGGGGCCGCGCGCAGCCCCGCGCAGCUCGGGCCCGGCCGGUCGCCCGCCGCGCCUGAGGCUCCGCCGCCGCCGCCUGCCCUCGCGAGCGAGCCCCGAGGCGGACGCGCAGAGCCGGCGGGAACUGCCGGCCACCCAGCCGCGGGCCCGAGCGACUCCCGCGGAGAGGGGCGGGUCCGAGCCGGGGGCGGGGGCGGGCCGCGCGCUGGGCGGGGCGGCGCGGAGGGCCAGGCCGCCAAUCCGCGCGCUCGCCGCCGCCGCCGCCGCCGCCGCCGCCGCCGCCGCCGAGAAGCCGAGCCCGCAGGAAGGAAGGAAGGCGGCGCGCGCCCCGGCCCGCCGACCUCCUCGCCCGCCGCGGCGCGCCGCAUUGUCUCGGCGUUCGGGCCCCGCGCCGCGCGCUGGGGCUCGAGGGUGCGCCCCGUCGGGCAGGGCCGGUCUGCGGGCGCCGCGUCGGAGCUUCCACCCGACGGCUUAG